CCAAUUUUGCAUCUGCAAUCAGAUAGACAUCAAUCGUUCAAGCUUGAAGAAUGGCCUCACAUAUCGCUCAAGUUUUCAUUGCCAUACUCGCCAUUGUACUGCUGAAUAGUUGUUUUGCCCAGUUGACAUUCUCCCCUAAUUGGGGUAAACGAAGUGGAUCCAAUCAAUUGGAUAUCGGAAAUUCAGCGUCUCCAAACCUCAACAACAAUGAUAAUUCCAUUGGGGACUCGGCAUUCCGCUUUGGAAACGUUCGUAAUGUACCAAGUAUGAACGGAAACAAUUGCAAACCAUCUAUCGAUUCCGUAAUGCUUAUCUAUCGCAUGAUUCAGGCCGAAGCUGAAAAGCUCAACGACUGCGAUCAGAAAUAGAAAGACGCAGCUCUGAAUGCAACAUCUUCAAUCGACCACAGCGAUUAAACACAAAAUAUCAACUUGUCUAAAUAUCAACCAACAAAAUUGAAAAAUAAUAAAUUGAAAUGGAUGUCUUAAUAUCAAAAUUUUAGUGAAAGAAACUCAUCAUUGUUUUCGAUUUCAUUGCAAAUGUGAACGCAACUGAACCGAUACUUUAUAUUCUCAAAACAAUAAAUUCAUUGAUGUGAU